GAUUAGUCUGCUGCUGAGUCUGUCCGCACAGACGCGCAAUUGUACACACUAUUGCAGCUGCAGUUUACACACGCGUGAUAUAGGCAGUUAAAUUUUAGUCCAUCAUCAUCAAUUGUAAACCAAUAAUUUCAAUAGUAUAUAUCCAACUGAUUUUUCGUUUCUCUUAAAAUUUGUGGGAAAGUCUUGCACAAUUUUUUCUAUCAUCAUUUUUUCUCUGGGUUAUUUUAUUAUUUAUCUGUGUUUUUCAUGAAUGAAUGUGCGGGGGCUGAAAUGUGCAUGUCAAAUAGACAGAGUAACCCAACUCAGUAUUAAAUACAUUUUGUCGGUAUACUCUUGUAACUGUGUAAAAAAGUGAACGAGUCAAAAUAUAUACCUGCAGAGUGAAAUCGCCCACCGACAAAACAUUUAAAAGUUAAACUGCGGAUUUGACAUUUAUUACUCAUUUUUUUUAUUGAGUAGUAAACACGAAGAAGGAAUACAAUUCAUGAAACUAUGAGAAACCCCCAAGUGAUUUACUAUCCGAUUUGUAAUGAUAAUUAUGUACAAAGUAGGACUAACGCUUUGAGUAAAAUUUGACUAAACAUUGGUCGAGUACUGCAACCAGAAGUCGAUAAUUUUCACCCAUUGGUCUGUAUCAUUUAUGAAUGGAUGGAGGAGCGACAGCACAAACAGGAGAUCCGAAACGUUUGGACGACUGGCGGAAUACAUCGGGAAUAGCUAUUCUCUCAUGGAGUUUAAUACUGCUUGGUGCAUUGAUCCUGAAUUCUACUCUGCUAUUAGCUUUCCUCAAGCGGCCAGGUCUUCGAACAAUAUCGAACAGAUUUGUGAUGAAUCUGAUCGUUUCCAAUCUCCUCACCUGUUGCAUCUUGAAUCCUUUGCUGAUAUUGGAUGCAUCGGUUUUACAAAUCAAACCGUGUAUAUGCACUCUAGCAGAAGGAGCGACAGCCCUCGUUACUACAUCCUCAGUAUUCUCAGUUCUUCUAAUUGCCAUAGAUCAAUACUUGGCAGUAGUCGACCCUCUCCGUUAUCGCACACGUAUUGAUACCUUGAAAUGUGGAAUUCUAAUAACUUCCCUCUGGAUAAUAUCAUUGACAUUCAGUCUCCUAGCAGCAUUUAAUCCAAAUCCAAAGAGUCUUUGGUUAAUCUGUCAACCGAACCAGUGGGACCCUUCAAAGAAUUUGAGCACAAAUUUCGAUUUAUCAAUGGUAAAUUUGACAAGAAAAAAUGAUAACCAACAAAUAGAAAUUUCCAUGACAUAUGGCUUUAUUCUGGCUCUACUCAGUCUAUUCGUUUAUUUAUUACCGUUUAUUGGGGUCUGUUGGAUCUACACCAGUAUAUAUUCAGCGGCGCACAACAAUUCCAAGAGAACUCGAAGAACUGGCUCCCGACCAAUACUAUCAUCCGAAAGUUUCAGCGAGGAAUAUUAUCCAGUGCAACAGGAUCUCUCAAAUGAAGAUUUCCGUAGAAUAACAAAAAUUUCAAGUCUCUCGUCAAUAGAUGAAAGUACGGAAAAUUCGCCUAGUCAAAUACCGAGAGGUUUCUCUGAAUAUGCUAAUCAACCAUCACCAAUUCAAGAGGAACAAUCGACAGUAAUAUUCACUGUCGGCUCGGAAAAAGUCUAUGUUACACCGCGACAAUCAAAUGAUGAUACCAAAGAAGCAACAAUAAAAAGAGUCCCUAUUUCCAUAUUGAAAGCUCAAUUUUUAGAUAAAAGAAAUGACGAGAACAUGGAUAUACUCGUAAAAAGUAAAUUUCAAAAUGGUGAUGAGCGACAACGUAAAUCAUCCCAUGAUCUUAUGAAUGAAGGAGAGAUUAUGUUUACAUUGCCUCAUUUCGAUGUACAAAGUGAGAGCAGUGGUGAUGACGAUGCGGUGGAGGAGGAGGAGGAGGAGGAGGAGGAGGAAGAGGAAGAACUCCCAAUGGUGUUGGAAGAUGUUGAGUGUAUAGAUCAAGAUGGAAAUUUGGGUUCACCUAACGGCAUUAUUAUUCCAUAUUCUUCAUUAAUGAAUCAAACAAUGCAAACAAUCUCCAAGCAAAAUGAUGAACAGACAUGUCAUGCAGGAAAAUCGACAAAAAAUAAAACUGAUUCAACAAAUGUCCAAUUGAAUGAUAAUGACAUUCACGAGGACAACACUUAUUCAAAAUUUUCGGUGGAAAAUUUACAAUCAAAUGAUUUUCUUGGCAAUAUCACACCCAUUGUGACAAUCACUCCUCCUCAUCGCGAAUCCUUGCAUCGUGUCUCCAGUACCAAGAGUACAAGCAGUUACAUCAACUCAUUGAAGUACAGAAUCAGCAAUGGCUCAUUAUUCAAACAUAGAGAGGAAACGAGAGCAGCCAGAGUGAGUGCUUUCGUUAUUGUGAUGACUCUUAUCUGUUGGACACCAUAUUACCUCGUAUUAACAUUGAGAAAUUUACCAUGUGAUUUUUGUAAAAACUUACCACAUGAAAUAGACAUAUUAGCACUGAGCCUCUUCAUUUCAACGGCUUACAUCAGCCCUAUGCUCUUUGGAUAUCGAUCGAAACGUGUUAAAAAAGAAUUGAAAAAACUAUUUUGCUUUAAAAGAGAGUUGUCUUAUAAAAAUAAUCGUUCUUUGAUGGCGAAAAAGAUUUUGAAGAGAAGGCACAGUGGAAAUUUAUCAACUUGCGAAAUUGAUAAUAGAUUUAAUAUUUUUCAUUGUAUUUAUGCUAAGAACAAGUGGCCAAAGGAGAAAGUUCAGUGUAUUCAGGUACCAGAGACAGCUCUAAUUGUUGAAACAUGCCGAAGUAGUUUUUCCAGUGGUGCUAGUACACAAAUAUCAAGUACGUCUACUGAUGACUGCUGAAAGAUUUGAUUUUAACAAUUAAAAUGACAAGCGCACCCUGGUGGUGGUGCAAAAUUCCAAAGUAUCCUUUAUGAAUUUUCAAUUUUCAAGUUCAAUUAUCUGCUUUAUAUAUUGUCUUAUAAAAUCUGACAGAAUGGUUAGAAAAUGGAAUAGUUUGACAAUUUCAUCCUUUUUUUGUUUCAUCUUUUAGUUUUUUUUUUUUUUUUCUGAGAAAAUAUUACAAUAAUAGUAUUGAAUUAAAGAAAUGCUAUUCUAAUCAUUAUUCUCAUCCAUGACAGAGUUAUAUCUCGUUAAUGUGAUUCAUUUAUUUUUGUAUUUAUAUAAAUUAUGACAAGGAUGAAAAAUGAAUGUCAAUUAUUCAUAAAAAAUUCAUGGAAUUCACCAUUUUUACUCGUCACGAAGAAUAUAUUUUUACGCUGAAAGCAAAAGAUGUAAAUAUUUUUACGAAAAUUUAUUAGUUUUUCUCAUCAUGAUUCAUUACCGUUCUGCUGAUUUUAAUUUCAUUUUUUUAUACAUGACCCUAUAUUUACAUAAUUCAAUGGAAGUCAAGAUCUCAGAAUGUAUUUUUUAUCUUCCAAAUAUUUUUGUAUAUUACAAAUUCAAUAUCUGGGUUAUUUAUAUUAAAUAACAUGUAAAUAUUGUUUGUAAAGAACAGACAGGUGGCUAUGAAGAGUCAAACAGACAGAAACAUUAAAUAUAUGUAUUUGGAAAUAGAAAAUUAAAAUUUUAUUGGUGAAUGAUAGAAAAAUCACAGCCGGGAAUGAUCAGGAUUCUGUGGUUUGCUGGGAAGUCUUGGUAACUCUAGAACAGUGCCAUCAUCGUUGGUAAAUGUUUUAUUGUCAUGGCCGUCUUCGGUCGUUACUCCAUCGGACUCCACAGAUGGACCAGUCAUGAAGAACAUUGUAAGUAAAAACAUGAUAGAACCUUGGAAUGAGAAUAAUGAUAUUUUCUAUAAAGCCGUUUACAUUUAUAUGCAAGUUUAAUCUUGUUCACUUACUUAUUCCAUAAAAACCUGCAUAGAGUACAUAGAGACUUUCUCGGAAACCAAUAAUUCUCCUAAGAGGCUCAACAAGAAUUGGUAAAUUACCUCCAAUAUUAUUCAUAACGAAUAAAAAGACACCAACGGUUGUUGAUCUCAUGCUGAGAGGUACAAUUUCAACAACAAUAGCAAAUACUAUUCCAAACCACAUCUCGGCUGCAACAACAAUUCGACAAUUGAAAAAUCCAAUGUCCACAAUAGUUGACUGAAUAAUAUAUUAAUUAUUUAAGUUGAAAUUACCAAAGAAAUAUGAUAUUCCGAGAGUGAUGAUAGCUCCCAGUGGUUCCAAAGCCACCGAUCCAAAGGCGAAUGGAGUGGCUAUCAAUUGACUAAUAGCAAGGCAAGCUACUCUUGAUCUUAUACCCAUUUUUGCAACAAAUUUAUCACUGAUGACUCCACCAACUACGACACCAAUACUUCCGACUACAAUUGUCACUGCGAAUAACCACCAGCUUAAAUCAUAAUCCGGAAAAUAGUCUCUGUAAUAGAGGUCACAAUUGUAAGCGAAGCACAUUCCACCUAAAAUCGUUUCAUUUAUUAUUAUCAUUUUCUUUCAACUUUUUCAUUUCAAUUUAAUCCUCUUAUUUUUGUCUUACUUACCGCAGUGCCUGAUACUCGCUGCGAGACAAAGCAAAAUCAU